CAUUCCUCUACCAUGGCAUCCCAACAACAACAAGAGGCAAUGGAGGAAGAUGUUGACGCGAUCGACCACUCCUUGUAUGCUCCUUUGACUGGUGGCAAUGAGCUCUAUAACCGAUGGAAGGCAAAUCGGAGUCAACUACCAGCUGACUUUAGCAAGUUAUUCGAGCCAGAUUUGGACGAGCAACACCGUGGUGAUCUCUUUGAGGCGGAAGACGAAGAAGCACAAGAAAAGUAUGCUUGGGCCGUUCCAGAUGAGAGGGCCUUGCGAAUCUGCGCCCACUUUGCGCCUCUUGUGGAAAUGGGCGCAGGAGCUGGAUACUGGGCACGUUUGUUGCGAGAACGAGGGGUGACCAUUACAGCCUACGACAAGGACGUUGAUGAGAAUUGCAAGGCAGCGGGUGUCAGCUCCAGGCCCUUUACCAAGGUGGAAAAAGGAGGGCCUGAAGUUCUGGCUCUGUUUCCCAAUGCCACUCUGCUGUUGAUUUAUCCCGAUGACUAUGAGCAAAGUGACGAAGAGUUGACCUUGUCCAUGGCGGCACUGCAGCAUUUCCAAGGAGACACUAUUAUUCAUGUGGGAGAGUGGCUUGGCAGUACAUUGACACUGUCGAUGGAGGGACAAGAGACUCCUGAUUCUGUAUAUCCAUGGGGACGAAGCACGAGUCCUGAUUUUCAAAUUGUCAUGGAGGCUUCCUUCCAUCGCGUUUUGCAAGUUGGCUUGCCUAAUUGGGGCUCUGUUCGGAACUGCCUGACAGUCUGGAAACGACAUAGGUCCGUGGUUCUGGAAGGGGACCGAUAUGCCUACAUACCAGAAGAGGAACAGAUUGAGAUCGCGUUGGCUUCACCUUCUACAAAGCACCUCUUGGAAGAACCAUAGACACCACAAUCAAUAUGCAUCUGGAACGAACGAAUGAAUGAACACUUGAUAUAUGUUGUCCAAAGAAUGGCAAGUAAAUUAUCAGACCACGAAAAGCUAGUUUCUCUUGGGAUACCGAACGACUGGUUGUGGUACUGGUUUCAACAAUAUCUCUUCGCUGUCAACUUGGCUACAUGCUUGAAGCUCCCAACUUGCAAUCUAGUGAAAGAGCUCCUUGAUGACAAUUGCCAAUAGUCGAAUUCGAAUCAGGUUGAGGUCAUGAUAAUGCCUUCCAUCCCCAAUGGCCGUGUAGUCACAGGACUGUAAAUCAUGAUCAUUGAAUAUAGCAAUCGUGACAUUCUUGCCUUC